CCUUCAUUUCGCUGUCAACGGCAUUUACAGUCAACAUGUCCGCAGCCAGACCCGCCAUCUCUGUCUACUCUGACGCCGGCAGCAACAAGGUCGUCGACACCGUCCCUCUGCCCGCUGUCUUCAAGGCCCCCAUCCGUGCCGAUGUCGUGAACUUUGUCCACACCAACCUGGCCAAGAACAAGCGUCAGGCUUACUCCGUCAACGUCGAGGCCGGCCACCAGACCUCGGCCAUCUCGUGGGGUACCGGUCGUGCCGUUGCCCGUAUUCCCCGUGUCUCUGGCGGUGGAACCCACCGUGCCGGCCAGGCUGCCUUUGGCAACAUGUGCCGUGGCGGUCGCAUGUUCGCUCCCACCAAGACCUGGCGCAAGUGGCACGUCAAGACCAACCAGAACCAGCGCCGCUACGCCACUGCUUCUGCUCUUGCCGCCACUGCCCUCCCCUCGCUCGUCCUCGCCCGUGGCCACAAGAUCGAGCAGAUCCACGAGAUCCCCCUCGUCAUCUCGGGUGGUGUCGAGUCCAUCAAGAAGACCAAGGACGCCGUCAAGCUCCUGAAGGCCAUCAACGCCUACUCUGACAUCGAGAAGGUCAUCAGCUCCAAGAAGCUCCGCGCCGGUGUUGGCAAGCUCCGCAACCGCCGCCACCGCCAGCGCCGCGGUCCCCUCGUCGUCUACAACACCGAUGACGGCAUCGUCCAGGCCUUCCGCAACAUCCCCGGCAUUGAGCUCGUCAACGUUGCCCGCCUCAACCUCCUCCAGCUCGCCCCCGGUGGCCACGUCGGUCGCUUCGUCAUCUGGACCCAGGGCGCCUUUGAGCAGCUCGACUCGAUCUUUGGCACCGAGACCGAGACCUCCCAGGUCAAGAAGGACUACAUCCUCCCCCACUCGAUCGUUGCCAACACCGAUCUUGCCCGCAUCAUCAACUCUGAUGAGAUCCAGAGCGUCGUCCGUGCUGCCCACGAGAAGCACACCAAGCGUCCCUUCACCCAGCGCAAGAACCCCCUCAAGAACGUCGGUGUUCUCGUCCGCCUCAACCCCUACGCCCAGACUCUCCGCCGCCGCGAGAUCCUCGCCGAGCAGGCCCGCAAGGAGGGCAAGGUCACCAAGGUUGCCAAGAAGAAGGUCGACAACAAGACCUUCAAGAAGAUUCUCCUGGACAAGGCCCUCUAAUUGCCUCUGCCACCGGAUGGUGUAGCGUCAGAAUAAUAAAUCAGAUCGCGGUCGAAAUGAAUGGCCCAACUCUGGAUCCUCUGGUGUCUGACAUUGCGUGCUGUGGCGAAUGGUGGAUCUCUUUGAAUGCGAUCUGAGGGCGAGCGGCCUUCAAAUAGUCUUGCAUGCGAGUCAUGGAUGCCACCCCCCGAUUCUGGAUCAACAAUAGCCCAGCUCCAGGCCCUGUACUGCUUUGCGUACAUCGCA